AUGUAUCAGAACUUGCUCAUCGUCGGCACUGUGCGCUACGCGUUCAACCUGCUCUCAGCGUUCGCCGAGUACAAGUUAACUUGGCUAGGCAGGAAGACGACUCACCGUUUCUUUUGUGUGGCCACAAUGAUCGCCUUAUCAAUCUCGAUAGCCGGCCAGCUUUUGGAUGCUCCUGAGUUUCUUGCUCGGAUCUUUCUGCUCACAACGGCCGCUAUCAUCAUUCAACUUUUCGCCGUGUUAGGCAUCAUUUGCAACGAGGCCUUUCCGACAGCACUACGGAACACGGCCUUCGCGUUUACAAUGUUCAUUGAGAGUAUCGGCCCGAUUCUUGCUCCUCACCUUUACUCUAUUUCAGAGCAACAUUCACCAUUGAUGGCUGAGGAUUGUAUAGAUCAACCCAUUGCCCGAUCAAAUUUCAUCAAAGGGAUUAUUCUCGGACUGUUACUUGGUGUCUCUGCCACUGUUGUCGUCGACAAAAUCUCUCAACCCUCUAAUCUCUCUGACACGAGGAGUCGAUCGACCAGAGAUUUGGACUCAUCCGACAGCGAGGAGGCCGCUCUACUCAAAAUUUGUCGAUUUCAGUGGAACACAACGAAGAUAAAGCUGCAAGAUGAAAAAAAAAUUUCCGAAGCUCUCAAAGCGAAUCUGACUGUUUGUGACGAGGGAAAUAGUAAGGAAAAGGAAACUCUCAAGUUGAGCCUGGAAAGCUGUCGAGCCAAGAAUGAAGCGUUUGAAAAGGAGAAAGACGCUGCUGAAAACCUAAAAACGAAGUUGGCAAGUUGUGAUGUCAAUAACAGAGUGCUGAAGGAAGAGAAAACUACCGCCAGACAAGAGCAAGCUCAAGCGGUCAAACAACUGACUACAUGUGAAGACAACUUGAACCAAGCAAACCUCAACAACACAAAAAACUUGGCUAUUUGCACAGAGGAAAAGCAGCAACGGGAGAAAGAGAAUUGGAUCUACUACAAGCCAACAAAAGCUUACUAUUACUAUCGGAGCUUCCACUACGACGUUCACGGUGAUCUGAUCGUUUAUACUUGGCAAGAAGCCGAGAGAAUUUGCCACCAAAAAGGAGCCCAUUUGGUUUCAAUUCACAAUCGUGAUGAACACUUAUUCGUCAACAAAAUGAUUCUCUCCGAUAUAAAAGCGACCAACGAAGAUUCCACCGAUGAGAACCCCUGCAACGCUUCCCAGUUCUUCGUCUGGAUCGGCCUUUAUUUCGAGGAUGGGAAAAGGCGAUGGAGUGACGGAGAUGCGGAUGAUUACCUCAAUAAAAUUGACUACACAAAGAGAACGCAGAUACAUUGGAUGAUGUGCUAUGAUAUCGCCAAACAGGAUGACGCGUCGUUUUAUUACACUUGGCAAACGACUGAAGAGCUAAAGAACUCGAGAUUUGUCUGUAAGCGGCCGGCU